AUGCGGUUCCUUCUUCUUCCUGGGAGCGGAAAGAUUCACAAGCAGAAAACCUCUCUAUAUAAGCUUGAACCUGGAUUAGCAAUUUGAGCUCUUCAUCAAGAGAAGUCGCAAGCUAAUCGCCAAUAUCAAGAGCGAAGUAGCAACGCAUAAUGGCUUCUGCUUCUCUAUCAACUCCCCAUUUGCCAACUCUUCAAUAUGUUCCCAGAGCAAGAGGCGGUGCUCCUCAAUUAGGAAGCCUGUCAGCCAUUAGUGGAAAAAUUAGAUUUGCGCCGAAGAUUGCAAUCACAAAGGCACAAAGAGGGUUCGCCCCAGUUCCGAGUCUCUCCAGGAUCCAAAUAUCAUGCUCUGUUGCCAAGCCGGAGACUCUGAAGACGGUUCAAGGCAUCAUUGCCAAGCAGCUCUCUGUGGAUGAAAGCACUGUCGCUCCAGGGACCAAAUUCGUUGAUUUGGGCGCUGAUUCUCUCGACACGGUGGAGAUCAUGAUGGCAUUGGAAGAGACGUUCGAAGUUUCAAUAGGUGAAGGAGCAGAGAACAUCGCCACUGUCCAGGAUGCAGCUGAUUUGAUAGAGAAAGUGAAGGCAGGCUCAGCUUGAGCUAAUUAUGCGUCGAUUUCCAUCGACAAAGGUCUCUUUUGGUGAUUGAUUUAUCUCUUGUUUUCCCAAUUUUUGUGGAGAUGUUUUUUAUAUGGUCCGAGUUGUUAUC